UAGCUCUCAUACGUUAAUUCGGUUCUGAUCUAAGCACACUUUUUUUAUUGCCCGUGCACUACAACAACAGUAUAGUACUUAAAAAGCAGUGCCGAUUUAUUUCUACAUGUUAGGUAGACAUUCGGUAGAUUAAAACAUCGGCCCACAAAAUGUAUCUUAAAGUAUGCUGUGUUGCAAUAUUUUUAAUGUUUUUUAAUACAAGUCGAGGUGCCGUGAGAGUGGAUCCUCUAGUUGAUACAAAAGUUGGUUUAAUUCGAGGAUUAAAAGCGGAAGAUGGAGAUUAUUCAAUGUUUUUAGGUAUACCGUACGCAGAUGUUGACAAAAAUAAUCCUUUUGGACCUUCUACACCACAUCAAAAAUUUGAUACUAUAUUUGAUGCUGUACACGACUCUGUGAUAUGUCCACAAAUCUUGGAUAAUGGUACAGCUGUCGGUAUCGUCGAUUGUCUUCAAUUAAAUGUUUAUGUACCAAGGUCGGCGAGUUCCGAUAAUAAGGUACCUGUACUCGUAUAUUUUUAUGGAGGCAGCUUUUACAGAGGCUAUGCUAACAGAGAUUUAUAUGGACCGAGGUUUCUUGUCAAGCAUGACGUUAUUCUUGUGACUGUGAACUAUCGUGUAGGAGCUUAUGGGUUUAUGUGCCUUGACACGCCUGAUGUUCCUGGAAAUCAAGGCCUAAAAGAUCUAUUGAUUGCGCUUAGAUGGUUGAAAAACAACAUCGAAUCGUUUGGAGGAAAUGCUAAUAAAAUAACUUUAUUUGGACAAAGCGCCGGAGGAAGAGCCGUUGAUUUUCAUUUAAUAUCUGAACAAGAAAAACUGUUCGAUAAAGUUAUUAUACAAAGUGGUAUUUCAAUAUCCCCUCCUGUUAUAGGGGAAGUUGAUACAAGGGCACCACGGAUGCUCGCUGAGAAGAUUGGUUUUAUCCCUGAUAAUGUUCCCGAAGCCUUAUCAUUCCUUGCUACAGCUGAUCCACUUAUUGUGGUAGCUGCAGCUUCAGAAAUUGACUACACAUUUAGACCGUGUGUAGAAAAUGACUUUGAAAACGUUGAAAAGUUUGUCACAAAUUAUACAAAUAAUAAAAAGAUGCCUAAGGUAAAGACAACGCCGAUAUUAACAGGGUAUACUGAUAAUGAAUUGUUUCUCGCACACGCAGGUAAAGACAAUGAAUACUUUGAAAAUCUUAACAUAUUUGAAGAUACUUUAAAAAGUUACUUUGAUUUUGAUGAGGAACGUUUGAAGGAAAUGGUGAAUUUAGUUAAACAAUUCUACAUUGGGGAUGAAAAAAUGAGUAAUGAUAAUGUGCAAUCUAUAGCCGACUUUCAUUCUGAUUUUACUUAUUUACAUCCAAUUCAUAGAAGGACAUACCAAAAUGUUUUAAAUGGAGCUCAAACGAUAUAUCAUUAUUUAUUUUCAUACAACGGUAGAAGAAAUAUGUCGUUUAAAGGAAAUGUAACAAUGAACGGCGCAGGUCAUGGCGACGAUAUUGGUUAUCUGUUCCAAACACGAAAUUUGAUGGACGAUGAGAUAACAGCAGAAGAUCAAAUAAUGAUUGAUCGAAUGACAACUCUUUGGACAAACUUUGCAAAAUACGGCGACCCUACACCGAAUGUGACUGAUUUAUUACCCAUCAAAUGGAAACCUAUAACAGAAGAAAAAUUAUAUUAUUACAAAAUAGAUUCAGAAGUUAGUUUGGAGAGUAGACCGUUUAAAAAGAGAAUGGCUUUUUGGGACCUAUUCUUUAAACACAACAGACAACUACAAAAAGGUUAUCAAAGGUCUUAGGAUGUUUAUUUAAAAGAUGUAUCAACGAUCAUUAAGAAUAAAAGACUUUUUA